AUGGGGUUCGCGUUAGUGGAGAAGGGCCGAUACAAUGACGCCCGAGAUGCGUUGAAUAUUCUCCGAAAUCAGGCCGAUCAAGAAGGCAUUGAUCAAGAACUGCGGGUGAUCCAGGAUGCCAUUCAAAACGACCAUGCGCUAGGUGACGUGUCAUGGAAAUCCAUCAUCACGAAGCGCUCAUGGCGCCGGCGGUUGCUCUUGGGUUGUGGCAUCCAAAGUUUUGCAGCACUGUCGGGUAUUAACGUCAUCAACUAUUUCGGGCCACGUAUUUACGGUAUCCUCGGCAUCACCACUCAAGAGUCUCUCCUCAUUAUUGGAAUUGGCGGCGUCUUGUCAAUCCUUUACUGCUCUUUCGGCCUCUGGAUCCUGGAUCGCAUUGGUCGUGUGAAGCCUCUGAUCAUUUCUGCUGCUGGCCGUGCUGCUACAAUUCUUAUCAAUGCAGUACAAGCACAGUACUUGAACGAAAACAACAUCAACCAAUUGAGGAGUAUGGUGGCGAUGAAUUUCCUCUUCAGCUUUUUCUAUACCCCUCUUGGUAUUACAAGCUGGGUCUAUCCUGCAGAGAUUUUCCCUGUUGAGGUUCGGGCUCUUGGGAAUGCAAUCUCGGUUUUUUCAAACUGGACAAUCAAUCUGGUUUUUGCACAAUUUACCCCUGCAGCUCUAACUCGUCUCGGGUUUAGUUAUUUCUAUGUUUUCUUCGUAUUUAAUCUGGUCGCUAUGGUAUGCUACAUUUUGUUCUACCCAGAAACGAAGGGGAGAACCCUUGAGCAGAUGGACGAAUUGUUCAGCGACCACCUCAACCACGGCUCGUUGGAGGAUCCGGCUACUAAAUUCAUUGUCUCAAAGGAGCCAGAAAGCGCCCAGCAUUGCGAAAACAAGGGAGGAAAACAACUUCCUGAUCUCGCUGUGGAGAGGCGGUUGGCUUAUUAG